AUGUCGUCCCUUGCGAACGGCGGAAGAGGCGCACCUCCUGCAGACAACAACGCCCUGGAGCCUGUACCUAACAAGAUCUACAUAGGAGGCUUGCCAGAGUCGACGACGACCGAGGAUCUCCAGGAUUGCUUUGGUCAGAUCGGCCCAGUCAUCACCGUCGAGCUCAAGUCUGGCUACGGCUUUGUGGAAUUUGGAACUGAACAGCAUGCCCUCGACGCCGUCAGCAAAUACAACGACGGUCACUUCCUCGGCGCCCAGAUAAAGGUCGAAGUCUCUAAGCGACCUCGCUUCCGUCAACAAGAGAAUGGUCUGGGCUGCUUCAAGUGCGGCGAGACCUCUCACUGGGCUCGAGAAUGUCCCAACGUGCGCAAUGGCAAGCUGAUUCGACCACCCGAGCGUGGCUAUGGCCCGCCCAGACGCUACAUGAGUCCCUCUCCUCCUCCUCGCCACAGAGACGACAGAGGCUACCGCGGCUCUCGCUAUGACGAUCGCGAUGACUACAAUCGCGAGCCACCUCGCUACCGAGACCGCGAGCGCGAUCGUUCUCCUGCCGACGGAUACAGAGAUCGCUCACCGCCUUCGGGUCCUCGAGGAGGCUACGGCUCUCGCGGCCCUCGUGACAGAGACGACGAUUAUCGUCGUCGCUCACCUUCACCCUUCGGACGUGGACACGAUCGUGACGCCAGAGGUGGCCGAGGUCGUGACUACGAUCGUGGACCGCGUGGUGGCCGUGAUUCGCCUCCUCCUCGUGGUGGCCGCUCACCCCCACCUAGAGAUGGUCCCUCACGCUUUGGCAGCGAUCGACCCCCUCCGCCGAGACGCACAGCCUCGCCUGCUCCCCGCGGCUCUGACAGUGGUCCAGCAGGCAGCUACCGUCGUCCAUAA